AACAACGUAGUACAGCACUGCGUCUACUCUAGCAGUGUAUCAGUACUCAGUAGUAUUGGUAGUCUGCUACUGCGCGAUGUGUACGUUGCGUGAGAGAGCAUGAGAGUGAAUUUUCUUGGUGUCUGUCAAUAAUGUGCCAGACAUAAAUCUGACGUAAUUUUCUAUUAUUGUUUAGUGUUGUUUGUCGAAUUCAGACGCGUUGAAAUUGCAUAUCAACCUAUCCCUAAAUACCAGUAAGAAAUGAGCUUUCCAUUUCGUGGUAUUUAUUACUUUGAACUGUUUUCUGAAAGAUGGCAGGGAAUGAAAACACGACGACUGUGCAGGUGAAGGUGGAGAAACCUGAUGAGACUGCUUCCACGUCAACUGCAGAAGUUGAACACAGGAUUAUUGCCUUGGCACAGAAAAUACCAAAGGGCAUUUCUGACAAAGAUAUACAAAAUGAAAUGCCGGAUUUGCAGCCGCAACAGAGAGCCACUGUAAUAAACAAGUUACUUGCACAGGGAUUUUUUGAUCUCUUCAAUCAAAAAGGAACACUACUGUACAAAUUGAAAGACCCGUCAAAAAAUCAGAAUGUUAAAGGUGCUGACAAUGAAGAAAAAGUGGUUUACAGAAUCAUUGAAGAGGCUGGAAACAAAGGAAUCUGGAUCAGAGAUAUAAGACAUAAAUCCAAUUUGAUACUCACACAGCUUAAUAAGAUAUUGAAAAACCUGGAAAAUAAGAAACUAAUCAAAGCUGUGAAAUCGGUAUCUGCAAGCAAGAAAAAAGUUUAUAUGCUUUAUAAUCUGGAGCCAGAUCGUUCAGUCACAGGUGGAGCCUGGUAUUGUGAUCAGGAUUUUGAAGCAGAGUUCGUUGAUGUGCUAAAUCAGCAGUGCUAUAGGUUUUUGUUAACCAAGACUGAAGCUGCAACGGAAUGCAAAGGAGGGCCAAUAGCAGCAAGAAAUAUUUCGUAUGCUUCAUCAAAGGAUGUAUGGAAAUAUAUAAAUGACCUGGGCAUCAGCAAAGUCCAAUUAUCAGUGGAAGAUAUGGAAACGAUUUUGGAUACUCUGUUAUAUGAUGGAAAAGUUGAACGUUCGCUAUCUGCUGAGGGAAAUUUUCUAUACAGAGCCAUUAAAAGUUUGCUACCUUCACCAGGAACUGUGACUAUGCCAUGUGGAGUGUGCCCUGUAUCUCAUUUUUGUAACGAAAUUGGAUCCGUUAAUCCAAGAAAGUGUGUUUAUAUGAAAGAAUGGCUGGAGUAAUAAAUUCCCUUUGCUAUGCUGUAGAUUGAAACAGAAAAUCCUUUUGAGUGGAAGAAACCAAUCAUCCUUCUUUGUAAACAUUAUUGUCUUGUUAAUAAAAAAUUUCAUGAGCUCUA